UUCAGGAAACAUUUGGUGAAACAGUGUUGUGCUUCAAGCUGACGUUUCUUGCCUGAAUCACUGAUAACUGCAAAUAAUCCCAUCUUAUACGUUGAAAAUUUCAAGAUUUUAAGCAUAAUUGAAGCACUACUGAGGAACACUGGAUUUAGCUUGGAUAUUGGAGGUCUCUAUUGUUAGUCAUUGGCAUGGUGCAGCACACAGUUCUAUCUUUGUGAUCUUUUGAUGCUAGUGGUAUUAUAACAACCACUUUGUUUUAAGGUCUUGUCACCAAACCAAAUAUGAGGGGAAGAACUGAUGGAGUCCAAAACAAGCGAUUGAUCACUGCUUUUUGUUGUGUGUCGAUCGUUCUUGUUUUUAUCUUUGUUUAUUAUGGAUCACCUUUUGGUACCCGAAUUCAUCAUGGAGCAUCGGCUCUGGAAUAUGGAAGUAGAUCCUUAAGAAAAUUGGGGUCGUCUUAUUUGGGUGGUGAUGAAGAUGCUGAUCUUGGAAACAAGCAAGAGGAAUCUUCUUCCAAGCUUGGGCUUGGAGAUGGGGAGGAUGACAUAGUGCCCAAGAGCUUCCCUGUUUGUGAUGAUCGUCAUUCAGAGCUAAUUCCCUGCCUAGACAGAAAUCUUAUAUACCAAAUGAGAUUGAAGUUGGAUUUGACUUUGAUGGAGCACUAUGAAAGACAUUGCCCUCCACCUGAAAGGCGCUACAAUUGCUUGAUUCCUCCUCCACCAGACUACAAGAUCCCAAUCAAGUGGCCAAGAAGCAGAGAUGAAGUAUGGAAAGCAAACAUUCCUCAUACUCAUCUUGCGCAUGAGAAGUCUGACCAGAACUGGAUGGUUGUCAAAGGUGAAAAGAUUGUCUUUCCUGGAGGUGGCACUCAUUUUCAUUAUGGAGCUGACAAAUAUAUUGCUUCCAUUGCAAAUAUGCUCAACUUUUCAAACAAUAAUUUGAACAAUGAGGGAAGGGUCCGCACAGUGCUUGAUGUGGGCUGUGGAGUUGCAAGUUUUGGAGCAUAUCUUCUUUCAUCUGAUAUCAUAGCAAUGUCUUUGGCACCCAAUGACGUGCAUCAAAACCAGAUCCAGUUUGCUCUGGAGAGGGGAAUUCCUGCAUACCUUGGUGUCUUAGGGACAAAGAGGCUUCCUUAUCCAAGUAGAUCCUUUGAACUUGCUCACUGUUCUCGCUGUAGGAUUGAUUGGCUUCAACGAGAUGGGAUCCUUCUGCUUGAGCUAGAUAGGUUGCUCCGACCAGGAGGCUAUUUUGCCUACUCAUCUCCUGAAGCAUAUGCACAGGAUGAAGAAGAUCUAAGAAUAUGGAGGGAGAUGAGUGCUCUUGUGGAACGCAUGUGUUGGAAAAUUGCAGCCAAGAGAAACCAAACAGUCAUUUGGGUUAAACCACUGACAAAUGACUGUUACAUGGAAAGAGAGCCUGGUACCCAACCUCCUCUCUGCAGAUCUGAUGAUGAUCCAGAUGCAGCAUGGGGUGCUCCAAUGGAAACUUGCAUAACACCAUACUCUGACCAAAUCCACCAAGCCAAGGGUAGUGGAUUGGCUCCUUGGCCAGCUCGAUUAACUUCUCCUCCUCCACGUCUUGCUGAUUUUGGCUAUUCCAAUGAAAUGUUUGAAAAGGACGUGGAAGUUUGGAGACACAGGGUUGAGAGUUACUGGAACAUUCUGGGUCCAAAAACUAAGCCUGGCACUCUGAGGAACUUGAUGGACAUGAAGGCAAACUUGGGAUCUUUUGCAGCUGCUCUGAAAAGCAAAAAUGUUUGGGUGAUGAAUGUUGUGCCAGAAGAUGGACCAAACACACUCAAGCUAAUAUAUGACAGGGGCCUGAUAGGCACUGUACACAAUUGGUGCGAAGCCUUCUCUACAUACCCUCGGACUUAUGAUCUUCUUCAUGCCUGGACUGUCUUCUCCGACAUCGAGAAGAAAGAAUGUAGUGUCGAGGAUCUUCUUAUAGAGAUGGACCGUAUACUUAGACCUUCUGGUUUCAUCAUUGUCCGGGAUAAGCGAUCAGUGGUGGAAUUUAUCAAAAAGUACUUAUCAGCAUUACACUGGGAAGGGGUAGGAACAGCUGACCCAGAAUCUGAUUCAGAGCACGAUGAGGAUGAGAUGGUUUUUAUUAUUCAGAAGAAGAUGCGGCUGAGAAGCGAGAGUCUCAUGGACUUUGCAUCAUAAUUUUGUUAUGUUCACCGUUGCCUUUUAUUUUAUAACUUCACCCACGCAGGUUCCAACUUCCAACCAAGCAAGCAUGGCCCAAGUGAUUUUGAUGGUAAAUCAAAUUUUCUCCCCCCCUUGUAAUAUUUUAGUGAUGUUUUGAAAUUUUAUAUUUUUCUGUGGUAAUUUAGUUUUAGGCUGUCUGUCCACAAUUAGACA